GGUGCUGCUGUGUUCUACACUACGCAAUCUGAGUCCAGACAUGCUCUCCGUUGGAUCCAGAUGCUUCAAUUCUAGUUCUUGAAUUCCCGCCAUUUCCCUUUCCUCUCUCCUUACUUAAAACCCUAAUCUGCUGAAAAUAUAGGGUUUAAACUCUCUCUCUCUCUCUCUCUCUCUGAACACCAAACUGCAGAAAAUCUAGGGUUGUGUUUCUUUCCCUCUUUCAGCCCUUCCACAAAACCCUAAUGGAAGAUUCCAUCAACGGGACGGAAGCUGUGAGAGCGGCGGAGAAUGAAGAAGAAGAGCCGAUGAUUGGACCGGGCCCCGCCGUCCGCUCUCGCCCCAAGCGGCCUCUGCAAUUCGAGCAGGCCUUCCUCGAUUCCCUUCCCUCCGCCAACAUGUACGAGAAAAGUUACAUGCAUCGUGAUGUGGUCACACAUGUUGCCGUGUCAGCAGCGGAUUUUUUCAUAACAGGAAGCAUCGAUGGUCAUUUGAAGUUCUGGAAGAAAAAGUCUAUUGGCAUAGAGUUUGCUAAACAUUUCAGAUCUCACCUUGGUGCCAUUGAAGGCUUGGCUGUUAGUGUUGAUGGCUUACUUUGUUGUACAAUUUCAAACGACCAUUCUGUGAAGAUAUACGAUGUUGUCAACUAUGAUAUGAUGUUCAUGAUGCGUCUACCAUUUGUUCCUGGCACAAUUGAAUGGGUUUACAAGCCUGGAGAUGUCAAAGCUAAGCUUGCCAUUAGUGACCGGAACUCGGCCUAUGUUCACAUAUAUGAUGCACGUGCUGGUUCGAAUGAACCUAUUAUUUCAAAAGAGAUUCAUAUGGGCCCGAUAAAAGUUAUGAAGUUCAACCAUAUAUCUGACAUUGUGAUAUCUGCAGAUGGCAAGGGGGUCAUAGAGUAUUGGUGUCCUACCACUCUUCAGUUCCCAGAAAAUGGGGUGAGUUUCAGACUGAAAACUGAUACAAAUCUCUUUGAGAUUGCAAAGUGCAAGACAUCCGUGUCUGCAAUUGAGGUGAGUCCCAAUGGCCAGCAAUUUGCUAUUUCAUCUCCUGAUCGUAGGAUGCGUGUAUUUUGGUUCAAAACAGGCAAAUUAAGGCGAGUGUAUGAUGAAUCCCUCGAGGUGGCCCAGGAUCUGCAAAGAAGUGAUGCUCCACUCUAUCGGCUGGAAGCAAUUGAUUUUGGGCGAAGAAUGGCUGUUGAGAGGGAGAUAGAGAAAACAGAAAAUGUGCCCCAACCAAAUGCAAUUUUUGAUGAGAGCUCUAAUUUCCUAAUAUAUGCAACUCUCUUGGGUAUAAAGAUUGUAAAUCUGCAUACGAAUAAAGUUGCCCGGAUACUAGGAAAGGUGGAGAACAAUGAUAGAUUCUUGAGAAUUGCCCUAUACCAAGGUGACAGAAGCAGUAAAAAAGUAAGAAAAAUUCCUUCUGCUUCAGCAAAUGCCAAUGAGAGCAAAGAGCCCUUGACAGAUCCUACUCUCCUAUGUUGUGCUUUCAAGAAGCAUAGAAUUUAUUUGUUCAGCCGGAGAGAACCAGAGGAGCCUGAAGAUGCAACCAAGGGAAGAGACGUGUUCAAUGAAAAACCACCUCCUGAUGAACUUUUGGCUGUUUCGGAUAUUGGAAAUGCUGUCACCACAUCUCUUCCUGACAAUGUGAUCUUGCACACUACACUGGGAGACAUUCACAUGAGGCUGUACCCAGAAGAGUGCCCUAAAACUGUGGAGAACUUCACAACCCACUGCAGAAACGGCUAUUAUGACAAUCUGAUUUUUCAUCGGGUUAUCAAAGGCUUCAUGAUACAGACGGGGGAUCCUUUGGGAGAUGGCACUGGUGGGCAGUCCAUUUGGGGAAGGGAGUUUGAGGAUGAGUUUCACAAAAGCUUAAGGCACGACAGACCGUUCACUCUAUCAAUGGCAAAUGCUGGGCCCAAUACCAAUGGCUCUCAGUUCUUCAUCACCACCGUGGCAACGCCAUGGCUAGAUAAUAAGCACACUGUCUUUGGUAGAGUCGUAAAGGGUAUGGAUGUUGUACAGGGAAUAGAGAAGGUGAAGACAGACAAGGGGGACAAGCCGUACCAAGAUGUGAAGAUCUUGAAUGUGACAGUUCCAAAGUCCUAAAUUUCACCUUCUUUGGAUGGUUGUUGCAUUCACUAGUUGGCAAUGGUCAGCCCUCAUGUUGGAAUGAUCAAAAGCUCUGGUAUUUUAUUGCCCUGUUCUUCCAGGUAAACUACAAUCCUCCCCUCGGAGUACUCUUGGUGAUGGAUUGACUGUUAUCCACAUGAUAAAACUGGAUGCUGUCCUUUAAAUAAUAUUUAUGUUUGCAUUUCAAGCUUUAUAUGAAGAGUUAGGAUCUCUACCA